AUGGCACAAAAUGAUAAUGACGAUUCGGAUGUUAGAGUAAAAAGACAAGUUAAUAGACUUAAUAGAGUUCCAGCAAGACCGACUCGAUCGGAAUAUGGUGAUGAUACAUAUAUUCAAGGUUCAGAAUGUAAAGGUUGCGGUCCACGACGUGAUUGCCAAUGUCCUGGAAAGGGUGCUAUGGGUAUUUCUGGUCCACCAGGCUUUCCCGGUAUUCCAGGUGAACGUGGCUUAAAAGGCCCUUCAGGAGGCCCAGGUGCUCAAGGUCUUCAUGGUGAAAAAGGCGAUCGUGGUUUAUACGGUACCAAAGGCGAACGAGGUGAUGAUGGUUUAUUGCCCAUUGAUGGUCAAAAUGGUUUUCCUGGACAACCUGGUGCUAUGGGUCCACGCGGUAUUCCCGGUGUGCCAGGAUGCAAUGGCAGCAAGGGUGAACCUGGUGAACCUGGACGCGUUGUUGUAGAAGGUGGUUCAGGCCUUCCCGGUCCACCUGGUCGAGUUGGUGAACCAGGUGAACCAGGUGAAACAGUAGGCAUUAAUGGUGUCAUACUUGGACCACGCGGUGAUCCAGGCUUUCCUGGUCCUCCAGGUGUUGUUGGCUGGCCAGGCCCUCCAGGUCCUCCCGGUAUGCCAGGUUCAGUGGGGUCUCCAGGACCAGAUGGUCCACCUGGUUUAAGAGGAGAUCCAGGUUUGCCAGGUUCAACUGGUCAACCAAGCUAUGGUAUCAAAGGUGGACGUGGUGAGCCAGGUGACAAUGCUCCUACGUCAGCGAGCACAGUUCCAUAUGGUCGUUUACGAGGUAUUACAAAUGUAGAAGGACCACCAGGCCCACGUGGACCAGAUGGUGAUCGUGGUUAUAAAGGAGAACGUGGUCAACAAGGCUACUAUGGUAUCAAUGGUUUACAAGGACCUAAAGGAGAAAAAGGUGAAUCUGGUUCACCUGGUCCACAAGGUAAAUUUGGUAAAGAAGGUCCACAAGGUUCAUUUGGUGUCAAAGGAACAACAGGACCAGCGGGUCCACCUGGAGCUGAUGGCCUUCCUGGCGAACCUGGUCGAAAUGGAUAUCCUGGUCCGAAAGGACAACGUGGUGACGUUGGUGAACAAGGUCCAAAUACUUAUGGUGCUAGACGAGCUCGACCACUUCCUGGACCACCAGGUUAUCCGGGAAUGACAGGUGAUGCUGGCCCAACUGGAUUAGCAGGAGUUCCUGGUUUACCUGGCCUUGAAGGAAUGAAAGGCGAAAGAGGUGGUUAUGGUUCACCUGGUCGACCUGGUCCUAUGGGAGAUACAGCUGAUGCAGAAAAGGGCGAUCGAGGUUUUGAUGGUCUUCCUGGUCCUCCUGGACUACCGGGUCCUGCUGGUACUCCGGGUGAGAAGGGUGCCAUUGGUGAUAAAGGAUUACCUGGUGAAGACACAUACGGUCCACGUGGAAAUAAUGGUCUUCCGGGUCGUACUGGCUAUCCCGGUUUGGUUGGACCUCCAGGUGAUAGUGGUGAACCAGGUCUACCAGGCCUUCCUGCCGAACCAGGUUUUCAAGGAUAUCAAGGAUAUGGCCCAACUGGUCCACAAGGAUACCCCGGUCGACCAGGUCAACCCGGUACUCCAGGCUAUCCUGGUGUUCCUGGACAAAAGGGUGAUGUCGGUGAAUCUGGCGGUUGUGGAUUUUGUCCACCUGCUGUUGCUGGUCUUCAAGGUGAUCGUGGUAGUGUAGGUUAUCGUGGACGACCUGGUUUGAAUGGUGCACCCGGUUUUCGAGGUGGAAAAGGUGAUACAGGACCUAGUGGCCAAUCUGGAUCUCCUGGUUUACCUGGGCCAGAUGGAAUUCCGGGUCGAAAUGGUUAUCCAGGUAUUCCAGGACGCAAAGGUGAACCUGGCGAAAUGAUCGGUGCUGAUGGUAUUAAAGGCCGUCGAGGAGCAGAUGGUGAACCUGGAGUUAAAGGUUAUCAUGGUGACGUUGGUGAAACUGGUGUCAAUGGACGUGAUGGUUAUGACGGUGCUCCUGGUGCUCCUGGUGCACGAGGUUCUUGGGGUGAUAUUGGACGACCAGGAGCUCAGGGUAUUUCAGGAGCGAAAGGUCCACGAGGUCAAUCUGGACCGCCCGGACAAAUAUUUGCAAGUGGACCACGUGGUGACAUAGGUGAACAAGGUCCACCAGGCAAAACUGGACGACCUGGUCUUCCUGGUCUACCUGGUGAUGAUGCACCAAUAUCGGAGGUAGCACCUGGUCCACCCGGUAUGAAAGGUCUUCCUGGAGAUGCUGGUACUUCGGGUCUACCUGGUGCUCCUGGCUUACCUGGACGAGAUGGUUUUCCUGGUGCUAGUGGUAUGCAUGGUCCAAAGGGUGAAGAUGGUCGACCUGGUCUUCCUGGAUUACCAGGAGAACAUGGUGUCAAAGGUUACCCUGGUCUUGAUGGACGACCUGGUCUUGAAGGACGACCUGGCGCUCCUGGAAUGAGUGGACUUCCUGGUGCACCCGGUAUACCAGGCGCCAAAGGUCAACGAGGUGAACCUGCGAUUGCAACAAUUGCUGGACCACAAGGCUAUCCAGGUCCAAAGGGUGUUACUGGUGAACGUGGUGCCCCUGGUUUACCAGGACCACGUGGUUUACCUGGUGGACGUGGUGUACCAGGCAUGCCAGGUGUAAAUGGUCUUCCUGGACAAGCUGGUCUACAAGGACCUAAAGGAGAAAGAGGUGGUACUGCACCCGGUUUAUAUGGUGAUGUCGGUUUUCCUGGUGCUCGUGGUCGAGCUGGUGCUCCCGGACGAGCUGGAGCUCCAGGUUCUCCUGGUGCACCUGGUCUUCGUGGUUUACCUGGUGAUAUGGGUCUUCCUGGUCAUGAUGGUUCACCAGGUUUUCCAGGCCAACCAGGCGAACGUGGUGACCAUGGCGGUCCUGGAUAUCCUGGUUUGAUGGGAAUGAAAGGUCGUCCUGGUAUUCCUGGUGAACGUGGAUUACCUGGCGGUCCUGGUCCAAAUGGUUUUCCAGGUCUACCAGGUCCUAAAGGAUAUCAAGGUGAUGUCGGAGUACCAGGUCUUGACGGUGGUACUGGUGCACCUGGUCGAAAAGGAGACAUAGGAGAAACUGGUCUACCAGGUAUGCCGGGUCUUAAAGGUCUUCCAGGCGACUCUGGCGCAAUUGGUCUUCAAGGACCUCCAGGUGAACCUGGUCUUCCUGGCUUUGCUGGUGCUCCUGGUUUACCUGGUCGUGAUGGACGUCCCGGUUUACCAGGUUUGAAAGGUGAAAUGGGUGAUUGGUUCAAAGGCGUUACUGGUAUACGAGGUGAACCUGGUCUUCCUGGUCUUCCUGGUCUUCCCGGUGCUCCAGGUCUUCGCGGAAUUCCUGGUUCACCUGGUCCUAGCGGACCACGAGGACAACCAGGUCUUGUUGGAUUUCCAGGUUUACCCGGUCUCGCAGGUGCUCCUGGAUUACCUGGACUGAAAGGAAAACCAGGCGACAGUGGCUAUCCGGGAGGUCCUGGACAACCUGGUGAUCGCGGUAUGCCCGGUCGUGCUGGUUCACCUGGUCUUCCUGGUUUUAAAGGAAUGGCUGGAGAACCAGGUCGAGAUGGACAAGCUGUCGCAAUCGGACGAAAAGGAGAACCAGGUGAUGCUGGUGCACCUGGCGCACCAGGACUUAAUGGAGCAGUUGGUGAUGCUGGUCUUCCGGGUGCUCCAGGCCUUUCCGGUGCACAAGGAUCAGCAGGUCGUGAUGGAUAUCCCGGUGCACGAGGAGAACGAGGCCUAUCUGGCAUACCAGGCAAACCUGGACGACAGGGUGCACCUGGAUAUCCAGGACCUAAAGGAAAUGCUGGAUUACCGGGACGUCCUGGUAUGAAAGGUCUACCAGGUGAAAGUGGUGGUCGUUCAUUGCCUGGUCUUCGUGGUGAGCCAGGUCGUGAUGGUAUUCCAGGUCGGCCAGGUCUUAAAGGACCACCAGGUGACGUUGGUCGACCAGGUCAACCAGGUCGUGAUGGUGUAGGAUCAGUUGGUAGACGAGGUCCACAGGGAGAUCGUGGUCAAGAUGGUUUACCUGGUCGAGCAGGAGCACCAGGUUUUCCUGGAAGAGAUGGUAAACCAGGCUUAGUUGGUCCACCAGGUCUACCGGGUUCGCUCAGUGCAAGUGGUCUUCCUGGUAUCUCAGGCGCUCCAGGUGCAAAAGGAUUACCGGGUCAACCAGGACCGAUUGGAAAUCCAGGUCUUCCCGGCAGACGAGGCGAAUCAGGCACAAAUGGAGUUCCUGGAUUUCCGGGUGCUAAAGGAGCAAUGGGUGAUGCUGGUUUACCAGGUUCUGAUGGACGUCCAGGUUUACCAGGUCCAAAAGGAGAACCAUCUAUUGCACCGGUUACUGUACAAGCAGGUCCUAAAGGUGGACGUGGUGAACAAGGAUUUCCUGGUGCCCCUGGGCUACCAGGCCAAACAGGUUAUCCUGGACCGAAAGGCUUGCCAGGUCAAGUAGGUCUUCCAGGACAUUCAGGCAGUCCAGGUUCGUUAGGUUCUCGUGGUCCAGUUGGUGAUAGUGGUUAUCCUGGACCAUCUGGUUUACAUGGUUCACCCGGUUCUCCAGGUACUGUUGGGCUUCCAGGUUAUCCAGGUGACGCUGGUGAUGGCUCAUUCAUAUUUGCACGACACAGCCAAGAUACUACAACUCCACAAUGUCCACAUGGAACAACUAGAUUACAAGAUGGUGGUUAUUCAUUUAUGGGUAUUCAAGGUGAUACAUAUGCCGCCCAUCAAGAUCUUGGUUCUUCGGGUAGUUGUUUACGUCGUUUUAGUGCUAUGCCAUUCUUAUUUUGUGAUAUUGGUAAUUCAUGUCAUUAUGCUUCACGUAAUGAUUAUUCAUAUUGGUUAUCAACAAAUGAACCAAUGUCAGCAAGUAUGUCACCAUUUGAAACACGUGAUAUACCAAGUCAUUUAAGUCGUUGUGUUGUUUGUGAAUCAUCAACACCUGUAUUUGCAAUUCAUAGUCAAUCACAACGUGUACCAACGUGUCCCGAUGGAUAUGAUCUUUUAUGGACUGGUUAUAGUUUUGUAUUUACAUCAGCUGAUGGUGGUCGUGGUGAUCAACAAAGUUUACAAUCACCUGGUUCAUGUCUUGAAAAAUAUCAUGAUCGACCAUAUUUUCAUUGCAAAGAUCAUUCACAUUGCAAUUAUUAUCCAAACAUGAUGACAUUUUAUUUAGCUACAUUAGAUGAUUAUACUGGAUUUGAAAAACCAAAAUUACGUACAUUAAAAGCUGGUACACAACGACAAUAUGUUAGUCGAUGUGCUGUAUGUCAUGCAAAUUUAUUUAAACAAACAGCUGGUGGACCAUCAGGAUUUUUUGCCCAAGUAAAGAAACUUUAA